AUGAAGUUUGUUUUGCCACUUAUAAGCUUCGCGCUUGCUGUGUUUGGAUUGUUCCAAUACAUUUCAAGUGUAGAUCAGAAUAUGUGUGAUAUGACUUACAUGUUUGAGUAUCCAGAGUAUAUAAAAGUUCCCUUGAAGUACGAAAAUGCUUUUAGGUUUCCUCGCUACAACCUGUAUGUUUAUGGAGAAGGGAAAUAUGCUGAACAAUUGGAAAAAGGAAGAAUGGAAGGAUAUCCUAUUCUUUUCAUUCCUGGGAAUGCUGGAAGUCACCGUCAGGUGCGAUCUCUGGCAUCAGUUGCUUUGAGAAUGGGACAUUCUCUUCAGACUUCCCAGUCUUCUGAUCAUUUUAAUUUCUUUACAAUAGAUUUUAAUGAAGAAAUAUCUGGACUAUAUGGAGGAACAUUACAAGAACAAACUGAAUUUGUUGCAGAAUGCAUCAAUCAUAUCAUUAGCAUAUAUUCUUCAAAGAAAAUUGUUCUGAUUGGACACUCCAUGGGAGGUGUUAUUGCAAAAGCUGUCUUUUCUCUUCCGUUUUUUCAUCCUAAUAACGUUUCUCUAAUAAUCACUUUGGCAUCACCUCUAAAAAAGCCAGUCCUUGCUGUGGAUUCUGCUAUUGUGAAUUUUUAUGAGAAAACUACACAAGCUUGGAAGUAUCGUUUAAAAGAUGACUUAAAUCAUAUUCCAAUAGUGUCUAUUGGUGGCAGUUAUAGGGAUUAUUUAGUGAGGAGCGAUCUUGUUUUAAAUGAUUUUACUUACUCCAGCGAACUUGAUGUACAUGCUUUUACUACUGCUAUUCCUGGAGUAUGGCUUUCCACUGAUCAUUUAGCUAUCACUUGGUGUAAACAACUUAUUCUAACAAUUUGCCGAAGUCUGUUUGAUAUGAAAGAAUUACAAGCAAACCAGGUUAUUGAAGCAGGAGAAAAUAAGAGCCUAACAGUAAAAAAACUAAGGCACCAUUUUAUAACUAGAAGUAGUGGGAAACAUUUUCCUCGUAUGCCUCUUCUUCCUGCUGCUAUCUUUACCACUUCUGGUCAGUGGAUUGAACUAGAAAGCAGUACCUGGAGAUUUCACAGAACUAAGGUACUUUCAACUAUCUAUCUUCUGAUACCUCUUACUCAAAAGGAUCGGUUUGUUGUUCUGGCUUCAGGUUUAGUUAAAGUGGAUUGGAUAUUUGGCUGCACAAAGCUGUCUCAAGGCACCACCAAGACAUGCUCUGAAGGUGACAAUCUAUCUGACAGGGCAGAAAUUAUUCCAUCUAAGAGCAAAACUGUAGAGCGUAGAAUGGUUCAUCUAAACCUUGAAAAACUUAAAAAGCUAAAAGAAUAUAGCUAUAUUUUGAUACACGUGACUCCUGUUAAUUCUCCAGUAGAAAUUCUUGGUGAGAGCUAUAAUCAUGUUGAGAGGAAUAAAUACUUCAAAUUACCAACUUUUACUGAAAGGUUAAUUCCGUAUAGCCCUCUUCGCAUUCUGAGUGUGUCAUUGGCAGAACAGAAUAUCUUCUAUAAUAUUACAUUUUCAAGAAGUUCAGGUGUUUUCGAAGCUGCUGAAUUUCAACUUGAAACUCGUCUUUGUAAAGCAGGAAGUGUUGUUGGUCAAGGCUUUAUAAAACAGCAUGCACCGUGGAGUAGUGAAGAUACUUUUCACCAUAUAAGGGCUACUUUAGGAGGACAGACUUUUGUACCUGUUAGAGUGGGCAUACUUCCUCCUCCUGGGUUCAGCAAUGAUGUCAAUUUACAAAUUUUCUUAGAUCCAGAAUGCAGUGUUGUUCUUUUUGCAAGGUUCCCAUUGGAUGCCCCAACAAGUCAAUAUGUGAAAUUUUAUGGAACUUAUGCCUUCGGCUAUGUGGUUGCUGUUCUGUUGGCCCUUUUUAGUGGACAAAUGCAUAGCAUUGGAAAAUCAGUAUAUUCUAUGCUGGAAGUAUUAUUUAAAUGGACUUCCAGUUUUUGGAUUUGGAUUAGACACAGAAAUGUCUUGAAUGCAACAUUAGUGCCCCUGGAGCAAACUCUUAGGAAAGAAGUUAAGAUGUCCAAAGUAGUCUUGUUUUAUGGUGCAUUAUUGGCUUCCGUAUCUGCAUAUUUUUCAAGCUCUGUUGCAAUAAUUAUGGCUUUCAUUUAUUACUUCUUAGUGUUAAUGCUCCUUCAUGCCAGGUGUAGGGCUGAAGAAGAAAGACGAGGGACCACAUCUGCAACUUUGAGGUGGUAUUUUCAUUUUUCCUUGGUGCUCCUGUAUGCAUGCGUGGUCAUGCUUGUUUCACCGGGAUUCAUAGCUUGGUUCAAGAACUUGGAAUUUUCCCUUCGAGUUCCAAAUGAUCCGUAUAAUUAUCCCUGCACCACGAUCAUUCUUUGUUCCUAUAUUAUUUGGGCACUGCCUGCUCCGUGCAUUAACAGAGUCAAAUAUGAAAUCACGUCACAUCUAGUCCAUUGCAUUGCAGUUAUAACAUCUAUAUAUUGCAUCCUGUCCCUCUAUAGACUGUUCUACAUACUCUGCUCUGUCUUUGUAAUUGUUUGGAUUCAACAAACAUAUGCUUUUUAUAGUAGCCCCUGGAUCAAGUAUGAUUAA